CUCAUAUCAAGUGUGUGUAUUGAUGCGCAGGUCACGCCUUUCUGUCUGUGUGCAAGUCCAUUCACUCACGUAACACACGGACACACAGAUCAGCUAUACAGAAGAAGCGAGGCCAUCCAUCCAUCCAUCAAUUAGAUAUGCACCUCAUUUCAGCACAUCCAUCCAUCCACCCAGCAGCAGUCUGCAGACUAAGGCCAGCCAGUACGGAGCGCAUCAAGGCAAGAACAGUCUGCACACACAAGACAAGACAAGACAAGACACGGUCCGUGUACCUACCUACCUACUCACACAUACACACCUACCUACCUACCUACGUAUGGUUGUAUCCUACCGGACAUCCCCCAACCCAUCAGGGGGCCCACCCACCGAUUCAUUCGCACCCCCCAAUGCAUGCGCCCUCUCACCCCCACCCUCGACAUACAUAUCCACCUUGUCGCCCCCCACCUCCCAGUCCACACACAUCCCGUCAUCCACGUGGUAGGACUGACCAGCGUCACAUCGGCACAGCCGUGUGCCGCCUCCCGCCUCCGUCACGCAUUCAGGGCAGCUCGUGUACGCGCUGCUGAGGUUGUGGUUGUGGCUGGGGAGAGGGGGCAGGGGGCUGAGUGGCCCGCCGUUGCCGAUGAGUGGGCAGUGGUUGACUGAUGAGCACCAGAUGGAGACCGGCGCUCGGCCGCUCCCCCUUUCUGUGUGGGCUUCUUGUGUGUAUGCGCGAGGGGGCGGGUGUGGGGGUGAGGGGUCGUCAUUCCUUCCCAGCUCCUUCAGCACAGCUUCUUGUGACGGGCUGUCGUCUAUCGUGUCGGUCUGGAGCCAGUGCAGCGUCCACACGGCUGAUGGGGGCGUGUUGCUGACCGUCUUGACCGACGCGUACACCCUCCUGUCGCCCUCGACCACCCACUGCUGCCUCGUAUCCGAGUAGUACAUGGCCACACUCUCAAGGUUGGCCAGCAGCUCCUCUAAUGGCGGCAGCAACGGGCCUCUCUCCUUCCCAGACUCCUCCAGGUGGAUGGACGCCUCAUCCGACCACUUGCCGUCGCCCUCGUGAUGCUCGUCCUCACUCAGUGUGUCAUUGACGGCCUUGGGAAUCGCACGAGAGAAGGAUGGCCAGAGUGCGUGUGGCUCGGAGGCGUGCCACAUGCCGUUGAGCGAUCGAAAGGGGGCGGGGAAGCCCGAGACGGCGAGGAAGGGGCAGGGUGUGCAGGGGGAGGGGGCGUCUGAUGCAACCGGGGUGAUGGUGACGUCAUCGAUAGCUACGGCUAUGUCGUUUUUCGAUUGCUCGGGGCGUUUGAUGGCCAUCCACACGAUGGAGAAGGGCUCGAAGGCCGCCAUGCGAGUGCGGGCAACCUGACAUACACACAGGAGAAAGAGAGAUCCAGCCAUCAGUGUGUCUUGUCUGUGUGUGGGUGCGAGGGUACUCACUGACCUGCCAGGUGUCUCCCUGGUCGACCCCCUCCACCUCCCACAGCCCACUCAUUACACCGCCCUCAUUCUUCUCGACACGCAAACCACCCCCGCCCCUUAUCCAGUACCAAAACUCCACGCAAUAUUCCACACCAUCACCGUCGACACCACCGCCACGACCGUCAGGGAUCAACACGGGCGACGAGACCACCACUCGCGUCGUAUUCUUCUGCUUCUUGUCUUUGUGGGCGGCUUUCUCCUCGACCCACGUGAAGAGGUACUCGCCGCGUGUUGAUGUGGGGCUCAUGGGGGAGAGGGGGGAGGUGAGGGGCCGGGAGGUGUGGUCGUUGAGUGGGAUGAUGGCGUGGGAGUCCUCGAGUGUCCUGUAUCGCGGGCCGAGCGACCAUGCGCCUCUGUCAGUGUCUGUGGGCGUGUUGGUGAAGCCGCAUAAAGAGCCCUCGAACGAGCACUCGAUGGACACUGAGCCAACACAGACACACACAUUCGCUCUGCAUCCACAUGCCCAUCUGCCCAUCCGCCAUCUCACCUGGACAUGGCUCUUCAGAGAGGUUCACGUCGUCAAUGCCCACGUCCCCAAGCCAGCCCUCGGCCAUCACGGCCUCAAACACCACACGAAACGAGUCAUCAAGUGCGACGGCCACCCUGGCCGUCUUCCAGUGGUCGGCCAGACGGCCGUCACGCUCGCGGAACGACCAUGCGGGCGGGGGCAGAUGUGACUGGGUGGCGUUGAUCAGAUACACAUGCAGGUCGCCCACUGUGGCGCCCUUGGCGUGGUAGCGGAACUCCAGACAGCCGUCCUGGGAUGGACAGAGGACACGUGUAUGUCUCCGUGUGUUUGUCGUGUGUGUGUGUGUGUGCGUUACUUGGUUCGCAUGUCUGUGACUGUUUGGUUUGUGUGUGGGUGAGAUCAGCCUGGCCCUGCUGCCGCCCUUUGCCGGCCACAUGAGCGACGUCUCGACAAAGGCGAACCGGCCCCACACCUCGGCCAACGAUGCGUCACCUACACCACACAUGACCCAUAACACAUGCCAUGCGUGUGUUUUGGUGUCCAUGCGCACCUGUCGGCCCCGCCAGCUGGCUUCCGACGCCCUUGGUGCCGAUGGACCACUCCAUGUCAUCGCCCCCGUCUUGCACAUAGCCGCACAGGCCGCUCUCAAAGUCACAGGAAAUGCUCUCCUGCUGCUGCUCGUGGUCAGGGAACGCUGGCGUCACGAACACCUCUGCCGUGCUCUCGUUGGCGCGCUGUGUGGCGAGCAAAGUCCACGGAGAGACGACAGGCGGAAGGACGAGCGCACGCGGGGACGGGCGAGACCUGGCGAGUGUGGCUGCUCGGCUACUGUUGAGGGCGGGCAUGUCGGUGCUGCCUGUGAGCGACUCGACGAUGCCCCGGAUGACCGGUGAGAGGCCGUCAUCACCCCGCUGCCUCACCUCCCACCUCCCAUCGCGCCAUACCAGCUCUCCCCGGCCAUUCGUAUAGAAAGUGGCAUUGCUGCCGCCGCCAGAGAGAGUCCAGUAGGGGGAUGCAUGGUCGAGAUACGGGGGGCUGGGGGUGAGGGAGAGGAGAGAGGGCGGUCUGCACGCCGAUAGCGACGCUUGGACGUCGUCGAUGGCCACCCAUGCCGGUAGGGAUGUGCUGGAUUUGAUGCCGCUGCCGUCCUUGCCGACCGCCGCACCCUUAUGCACGAAGGCUUCAAGCUGCAGCCAGUAAGGCCCGCCCUCCUCGCCCUUUUCCACAUCCACAUUGACCAUGACCUCCUUCCAGCCGCCCAUAGCGCCCUCCAACACCACACCGCUCCACAGAGCUGUUCCGUUGGCAUCCCCCUUCAUGAGCGAGACGCUCAGCGAGGGCACCGUGGUGUAGCUGUCUGCCAUGCGCCCCAGGCCUGACGAGACGACCAUGUGGAUGCACAGGGGAGAGUGUGUGAGGGGCGGGGAGACGAGAGGGAGGAAGGACGGGGGCUGCGAGUCGUCCAGUGGCAUCUGGAUGGACGCGUACACACCUGCGUACACGCGAGGACAACACGCGUGUCUUGCUGAUUUGUAUGUGGAUGUGGGUGCCACGCUCUCUCACUCACCUUGUGCAGUGCCCAUUGUGUGAUCGACAUUUGGCAUCUUCAUGACUCUCAUCUUUGGCUCGUUGUCGUUCCUGGCCUUGUCGCCACCACUGGCGAAACCCCACACACGCCGCCAUGCGCCACCCCCCUCUCCCUCUCCCUCUCCCUGCUCAUGCCAACCGCACCACCCGUCCUCAAAUGAACAUGUGGGUGAGAGGCCGCAAGAGACCGUGAUUUCCAUAUCUUCUCCCUCUGGUGGUUGCUCCUGCUGUGCCUUGGGGGUGAGUGGGGCAGCGGUGAAACGCCACUUGCCUGCAUCGUGUAUGCGCAUGCAGGUGUGGAGAUGAUGAGUGAAUUGUGCUGCCGACGAACCUGGUGUCGGUCUCGUGGCAGCGCCCGGCUGCUCCCGUUUCUUCUUGGCUGCGUCGGUGUUGCUCUUGUCUCGUGGUCGCCAUCUAGAUGGAGAGGAUGCGUUGGACGAUAGAUCAGGGACAUUCUCAACCCCCACUGGGUCACCACCAGGCACCUGCAACACGCAGCAGAUACAAGCGUGCCCACAGGUCUCUCGCAAAGGCGGACCUUUUCCCCACCUUUGGAACGGCCGUCGCCAGCACAACCACGUCAGGAUGUCCACUGAUGGACCACAGCCCGCUGUCGGCGUCCAUAGCCAGCUCCAGCACCACACUGCCGCCAUCACCGCCACCACUAUCGGCAGCAUCACCCCUGCUGUUGCCGCCUCUCAUGUUGCCGCUCUUCCUUGCUGCUGCAGUUGCUGCUGCUGCAAGUGUCAAGUUGGCCGUGUAUGUGCCUGUGGGUGUGCGUGUGAAGGGGCGGUCGAGAGCGUGCAGACGGAAAGGCCACCCAGACAUCGAGAUUAUGCGGCACUCUGAUGAAAACGGACACAUGGAGAGAGAUGUGAUGUUGGUGCAGAUGUGGGGCUGUCUGUGCGUACCGUCGUUCUCAUAAGCGUGUUUGAGCGCUCUGUAAGCGUUGAGUCGGCCGUUGGUGAGCACCUUGCCCAGCAGAGACGGCGCAUAGUCAGCGGAUCGCGUCAGCGCAUCCUUGACCUGCACACCACACACACCCACAGUCGUAUACUGACCUACCCACACUCUCAAUGUGUCUCCGUCCUCACUUGUUUGGCGUUGAGGUGGGGCAUGGUGUCCAUUAGCAGUGCGGCCGCCCCUGCGGCCACCGGUGCGGCCAUGCUGGUGCCGCUGAUCCACAUGUAGGCGUUGUCGUAGGCCGUCGAGAGCAGCUCGUGGCCUGUGCACACGCACACACAUGUGUGGGUGUGGAUGCGGCAAUGGGUGUCUGUGUGGGGGUGUACCAGGUGCGGCGAUGUCUGUGGAUCGUUUGCCGAUGUUGGAAAACCCGACCAGCUCGUCACUGGGCGUGGUCGCCUGGCACACAGACGAGUAUGUUCCUCCUUGGCUGUGAGUGCCUGGUGCCACAUACUUACCGCCACACAUAGUAUGUUUGGCAGCUCCCAUGCACACGGGAAGUCGUUUGAUGUGAUGCGCCCGUCACUGUCCAUCGACUCGUUCUCCAAAUUCUCAUUCCCUGAUGACACGCACACAGAGAUUGGAAGUGGCCCACGCGCAGAUCUGGUGACCCACCUGCCGAUGUGACAAUGAGGUGCCCCCUGUCACCAAGCCGCUGGACCAUCUUCCGCAGCAGCUUGUUGUCGAACGGACCGGCGCCACGCCAACCAAAGCUCGCCGUCGACAGACGCACACCUGAUACAGAGAGAUGGAUUCACAGCUUUCUCUAUGUUGUCGUUGUGUGUGGCGGCGGUGUGUAUACCCAUUUUGGCGAUGUAUUCCCAUCCCUUGGCCAGUUUGUCGCCCUUGCCGUACCCCCGGUCGUCGAACACCUUGACAGCCACCAACUUGACGCGUCGGCAGAAACCGCACACACCGGCUAUGCCCUGUUGCAGCCACACAGAAACACAUGUGUAAGGGCAGAUGCGUGUGUCGUGUGGAUGGGGUUGCAUACGAUCGAGUUGUUGGCCUUUGCUGCGAUGAGUCCGGCGAUGUGCGUGCCGUGUGCGUUGUGGGUGAGGGGGUCGCUGCGGCCGUUGAAGAAAUCGUAACCGUAACUGACACACAGACCGCCACACGAACCAACCAGAUGCCUGUGUGUGUAUGUGUGCGGUGUGGAUGGCUCACAUGUCGUCUACAUAGCCGUUCUCAUCGUCGUCAAUGCCGUUGUCUGAUGACAAAGCAAAGACACACACACGGAUCCGCCCAAUCUAUGUGUGCAGUGGCUGCGCCGGCCCACCUGGUAUUUCCUUUGGGUUGUUCCACAUCAUGCCAGACAGGUCGGGAUGGCGGUAAUUCACACUGAUUGACGACAGACACAACACACAAGAGGGAACAGAGAUAGACGGCUUGGUCGUGCCCCUCUGCCUCCCCAUCGGCUCACCCAGUAUCGACAACAGCCACUAGAAUGGGAUCGCUGUCGGUGUCAUUGCCCAAAUCCACCGUCUCACCAACAAGCGACUAGAUCGCACGCAGACAGAGAGGCAUAGACAGAAGGCACCAAUACACGUACAUGUGCGUGUGCCCACCUUGCUGUAUCCCCAGGCCUCUUCCAUCCUCAGUCUCUCCAGCCACCAUCCAUCGAACACCGUCACAUUGGGGUCGUUGACCGCACCAUACACACCACCACCACCACCACCAUCUACACCAUCUGCGCCCCUGCCGUGCCGGUGCCGCCUCUCCUGCAGUCUGUCCAUCGCCUCUCGCUGCCCACCACCCCUCCGCCGACCCUCUUCUCGCUCUUCCAGGCGUCUACGUGAGAGAGUGGGAAGUGGCGCGGCGAUGAUGUGGGACUGGAAAGGGCGGCUGGGCUGCACGUGCUCUACAUUACUGUGCUGCGACAGCUUGGCUAUCACGGCCUGAAUAAGGGGAGAGGGAUACACACACAUCAUUAUGUGUGCCUUGUGUGUGUCGUGAGGUGCCACCUCUACGUUGGCUGUGUGGUUGAGGGUGACUAUCUCUACACCCAAUAUGGGCAGCCACUCCGUCGAUACGACGCCAUCAAAAGCGCUGUCAGACACCAGCCGACGCAGUGCUGAUGGUCGACCGGCGUCGUCACGGUAGGUCAGCAAGAGAGUGGGGCUAUCGACAGGUGAUGAACCUGCACACACAGCACAGCAGCAGAAAACAGGCAGAUGGGCGCGUCCCGAUCUGUGUGCCUUGCGUGUCUGUCCCUUACUUGAGUGGCCGCUCUGCAAACACAUGGUAAGGAUGAUGACCAGCAGAAGACCCGAAACG